AAUUAGAAGCCAUCAAAGUGGGUUUCCGUGGGAUGAAAAAAAGAAGAUGAUUGUUAUAAUAGCAGAUAAUAUGUUAGCAUACAAAGAUUAUGUUCGGGAGAAUGGAAAGGCAAAUGGAUAUGCAAAUAGACCGAUAGAAAGGUGGGAUGAUAUUGUGAUGUUGUGUGAGAUAGAUAGAGCAACCGGUGAAGGUGUUGAAACUUUUGAAGAUGCUUAUGAAGUAGUGAUGGGAGAGGAUGAAAAUGAUGUAGAGUACUCAAUAUCAUGUGCUGCUCCACCAACACAACCUUUCACAUCAUCUACGAUAAAGUCCCAUAAAAAGAAACGGAGGAAAGAUCCAUUGGUUGCUAUUGUUGGUGACAUUGCUUCAUUACUCAAGGAGUACAUGAACUUGAAAAAGAAACCAAGUGGUCAAGAGAUAUAUGAAGUGCCAGUUGAUUUCUCUGGCACAGGCAGGACAUGAAAUGUUUUUCAAUGAAUAUGGAUAUCAUGAAACAUCAUUUGUUGAAUAUAUAUUCUUUUGGCCUUUGAACACUUGGUUUCCCUAUGUUUGACUAGUUUUGUUGAUGAUGUAUGAUGUAGGAUCUAUUCCUUCUCAACUUGCAACCUCAACUCAGUGGUUUACUUCUAAGUCUUCAACGAAGAAUGUCAUAUUUCUAUUUCAUUUUGUAAUUAAGGAGUGUUACCUCAACUACCUUGUUAAUAAACAUAGUUGUCCAAA